AUGGCGGUGGUAACAUGUAUUACAAUUGGGGAGUUGUACGAUGAUACGUCGAAACAUGAUGAUAAUGGAGUUCUAGAAAGACUUAAACAGUUAGUAAAGAACAAUUUCCCAGAGGGUUGGCGUGAAUGGAAGGUUGCAAGGCUAUCCAAAAAAGAUACAGUUGGUGCAAAUCCGGACCCACAACUUCUGAAUAAGAUAUGCUCUCCCCACGAUUGGAAUUGUAACGGCCUUUAA